AUGCAACGUCUCUCUCCCUCUUACCACCAACCCGAUCACCGCUUCUCAUCUACAUCCAAGGGGACCCUCGAUCUUGCCAUGUCUUACGCAUCGGACGUCUACGCCCAUCUGGGCUCAGAGCUCGAGCUGUACGACUCGUUGCUGUCUACGGCUAGCACACCCAUUGAAGCGGACUCGAGCUUUGGUAGCCAAUCUGUGGGGCAGGGCAGCAGCAAGUCACACGACGAGGCUGUUCAGGACCGAAAGAAGCCUAUUCAGGAGAUUCUAGCAGCCAUCCGGCCCGCCGACGGGUCCCAUACAUUGCCAUCUCGCAAGACACUGCUCAGUCUGCUCGACAAAUUGGACAGCACAGCGCAAGAGCAGGAUGGCAUCGCCGUGCCGCAUCUGGAAGAGCUCAAGGUUGUCGCGUUGUCCCGUCUGGUGGUAGCAACCUACGCAGUCGCUCUAGAGACACUUUUGCAAGAUGCGAGCAAGCUCGAAGACGAGACGUGGUACUGGACUGAUAUCGAGGAAUCGACACGCAAGACGCUCUCCUUUCUCGUUCAGACUCUUCCGGUCCGCCUGUUCAAUGUGAGCAAGGAAGUUCUGGCUCUUGCAGCCGAUACCGCUUCGAACACACUCAGAAACACAAUCGACAAGAAGGAGGCCGACACCACGACCAAAGUGAAAGGCGUCGACAAGGACACGGUUCGUGCAGCGCUACGCAGCAUGCUCGACACACCCAAUCUGGUCACUUCAAUGCUGUUCCCGUAUGCAUUUCGCAUCGAGAGAGGCGUCAACCUCGACACCAUAUUAGCAGAACGAGAAUCUCAACGCCAAAAAGUGUCUACGCUGAGGACACAGCUCGAUGCCAACAGCCAGGCAGGCGAUCAGCUUUGCGUUGGCUCACAAAAGACCAAGAAACAGCGCGUCAAAGCGCUGCGCUCGAGCAUGCUGACUCUGACUCCGACAUACCUUGUGAGACACGAAGCCAGAUGCAAACGUCGCGGUCUGGUCAACGAGCGUGACCGCUUGGCAGCGAAGCUUGGCCGGCUGGCUCUUCAGCACGAAGCGCUGGCGGACCAGGCCCAAGAGCUUGGUGCUUCUUCGACUAGCGCGAGCUCUUCCGGCCGCAUCGUAUUGAGCCACCUCAAUGCCAAGCUCAAAGUGCUCAUCGAAAGCUUUGUCGAGGGCAGCAGUAGCAUCGAUGCAAAGGCUCUUCAAGGCUCAAGCGAUGUCAAGAUCGAGAUGGAUGCGAGCCUGACGCCCGAGUCGACGCUCGGAACGCUGCGACUGCUGUUGAAGGAAGGAUUCGAGAAGCAGCAGGAGCGCACGCAACAAGUGCUGUCGCCCGAAGUGUUUGGACAACCGUCGGCGCUCGUUCAGCGUUGGCCCAAGCUUGUGUUUUACCCAAUCGGUCUAUUGCUGCUGGGACGAUACCUAUCCAAGAACUGGAACGGCAUCGAAGCGAAGCUGAAAGAAGCGCAAGAGACGGUCCAAAGCUUCCUGAUCGGUUGGGUGUGGGAGCCGUGCGUAGAGCUGCUGGAUACGAUCCGAAACGGCAACGAAGGCAGUGUCAUCAUGUCUCGGGAGUCGCUCGCGUCGGAUCUGCACUCGCUCGAGAGGAUGGUGACGGAUUUCACCGCCGACAAGUAUGGCACCUCGGGCGCAGAGCUGCAGAAGAUCGCAGCCAAAGUAAGGGAAGGCGACCUGACACCGGUGCUCAAGGUGUACGAGGCCGAAAUGAAGAGCCCCGUGAAAUCGAUGGUGUCCGGUUCGCUGAUUCGAUCGUUGCUGAUCCAGGUGCAGAAGACGAAAGUGGAUCUGGAGGUGGCCAUGACUGGCAUCGACAAGCUGCUCAAGAGCCAGCAGCUUCUGUUUGGUGCGGUUGGGAUUGCACCGGCGCUGGGCAUCCUGUACGUCUCGCAGAACUACGUGCGUACCAAGCUAUUCAGGCUGAGCACCUCGAGGUCCGAGUCGUCCGGGCGCGGGUAUCAGAUGCGGGCGUGGGAAGCUAUGCGUCGCGUAGACCGCCUGCUGUCGUCGCCACCAACGGAAUCGUCAACGUCGAAAGCAGCCACGGGAACGGGUAGGGCGGAGCACCGGCGGAGCGACUUGACUCAAGGGUUGCUUCUGCUGGACCUGUCGACGCUGCGUUCGGCGUCGGGUCCCCUGCUCAUGUCUUUGUCCCACGGUAAAAAGGCAACGGCGCGUCGACUGCAACGCCAGUUCCUGCAGGACAUUCGAGACCUUGAGUCCGGCGAGCACAGUGCCGUCGAACGCAUGUGGAGGAGCUGGGGUCACUCAGUGCUCCGGCUGCCGUCGGCUUAG